AUGGAUUUCAUCAGAUCCUUGUUUGAUUUCGUCUUCGGCCCUUUCACGGAGUUGUUCUCCAGGACCUUCCAGUAUGUCUUAUCCUGCGAAAGCUUCAUCCGCUCCAUGUCAAGGGAGAUGAAGGAGCUGGGAAGCAGGAGGGAUGACGUGGAGCGCCGCGUCAGCGCCGCGGUUGAGCAGGGGAUGAAGCCGACGAGCCAGCUGCAGUGGUGGAUGGAGUCCGUGGCGGUGUUGGAGCGAGACGCCGCAAUGAUUCAGGACGACUUCCGUAGUCGGCCGAGCUCAUGGAGCCUCUGGUUCGCCUACCAGAUCAGCAAGAGGGCCGACGAGAUGCGGUCGCUGGCACGCAGCCUCAAGAGCAAAGGCGACUUUGAGACGGUGGUCAGUCAGGUAUGUUCCAACUUGUUCAUGGAGAUGCCCAGCAACGAGUGUAUCGGAAGGGAGCCCAUCUUGGAGGAGCUGUAUGCUCUGAUGCAAGAUGAUAGUGUCAGCAUGGUGGGCAUCCAUGGCAUGGCUGGAGUGGGGAAGUCAACGCUGUUGCACGCGUUCCACAAUGGCGUGAUCUCCAGGAUGACGCGUCUGGACAUCAUCGUCUGUGCAGAGAUGCGAGACGACGACGGCUGUGACUACGAGGAGGAGCUCCAGAUCAGUGUGAUGAAUCAGCUUCGGUUGCCGUUGCAGGAGAAGGCAACGAAGAAGGACCGAGCGGCUGUCCUGUUCAGCACGUUGAGCAAGAAGAAAUUCUUGCUCAUCGUCGACAACCUGCGGGCGCCGAUCAAUCUUGGUGCCGUGGGGCUCCCCUGCUCAUCCGCAGCGCUGCGCCGUUCUAACAGCAAGAUUGUGCUGGCGACGCGCAACGAGGAGGUGUGCGACCGGAUGGAUGUCAGGAAGAAGAUGAGAGUAGAAUGCCUGCCGUGGGAGAGCUCAUGGGCGCUGUUUCAAGGGAGAGCAGCUGGAGCCGAGCUUGUCCUGUCAAGCUCAGAGGUGCGGGCGAACGCCGAGGAGCUGGCCAAAAACUGUGGGGGCUUGCCCUGUGCGCUCGUCACGGUUGCUCGUGCAGUGGCGAGCAAGCGAACGGUGCAAGAGUGGAAGCACGCAACCAUGGCCUUGAGCACCAGGCCAUGGCAGGUCGCCGGCAUGGUGGACGACGUGCUGUCCCCGUUGAAGAGCAGCUACGACCGGUUCUGCGAUGACGACCUGAAGACAUGCCUCUUGUACUGCGCAAUGUUCCCACCGGGCUUCAGCAUCUCCAAGACAUGGGUCAUCGACUACUGCAUUGGCGAGGAAGCCAUUGAUGGUUUCAGCAACCCUGAGGAGGCGUACAACAGGGGGUACAGUCUCCUUGGCAACCUGGAGGCUGCCUCGUUGCUGGAGAGAGGCGAUGACGCCGACAAGAUCAGGGUUCACCCGGUGGUGCGCCUUCUUAUCGCCUGGUUGGUGUCGGCGUGCGGGAGGGAGACGAGCCGGUGGCUGGUGCGGCCGGGCGCUGGCCUCGCCGAAGCACCGGACUCCGAGGGGUGGAAGAGAGCACGGCGUAUGUCGUUGAUGCACAACCAGAUCUCUGUUCUGCCGUCGGCGCCGUCGUGCCCUGACCUGUUGACUUUGCUUCUCUGCGAGAACCGCAAGCUGGCAGAGGUCCCUGACACCUUCUUCCAAUGCAUGCCACGGCUGAGAGUGCUGGAUCUAUCAAACACGGCGAUCGAGCGGCUUCCCGUGGGCAUCAGCGCUCUGUCGGACCUGCAGCACCUCGACGUCUCGCACACCAACCUCGUCGCGCUGCCGCAAGAGGUUGGGACGCUCGGGGAGCUGAGGUUCUUGCAGCUCUCGUGGACGCCGCGCCUGCGAGUCGUUCCCAGCGGGACGAUCUCCAGCCUACUGCAGCUGCGAGCGUUGCACAUGUACUCCAGCUACGCGGACUGGGAGGCGGCCGGCAGCGCCAACUUCGACGAGCUGGAGAGCCUGUGGCAGCUGCGGUCGCUGGACCUCACGCUUCAGACAGUAGAGGCGCUCAGGAGGCUCGCCACAUCUGCGCAGCUCGGCGCCUCCACUCGCCGUCUGCACCUGUCCAGAUGCCAAGGCCUGGGUGGCAUCAGGCUGCCGGCCGGGGCGCUCUGGGCGAACAUGAACGCGUUGCAGUGGCUCCGCAUCUCCAACUGCGCCAAUCUUGAAGACGUGACCAUCAGCGUGGACUGCAGCAGCCGGCGAGCUUCGCUGCUCAGCCUGCAGGAGCUCGUCUUGCAUCGGCUUCCCAAGGUAAAGAUCAUGUGGCGGGGUGACCUGCCGUUCCUGUCGUUGCGCCGCCUGUACGUCUGGUCUUGCACCGGCAUCGAGGCCCUGGUUGUUCGUGACGGCCCGGCGGCGUCGGACGCCACGGCGCCCGCCGCGUUCCCGAACGUGACGCACGUGCAGCUCGUGAACCUGCCGGAGCUGAAGAGCUUGGUCGCGGGAGGGGGUGCGUCGUUGGCACUGCCGGCGCUGGAGGUUUUGGAGGUGAGGAGGUGCCCGAAGCUGGGCAGCCUUUCUGUCGCCAAGCCGAAGGCCGCGGCGGCGGUGAGGUGCGCCGCGGAGUGGUGGGCAGGGCUGGACUGGGUGGACGAUGCCGCCAAAACUAGCUUCAAACCCGUGUUUAUCUAG